GUGACGUUUACUGCACUGGCAGUUGAUGUUUGUGUCGCUUAUUGGCCGAUUCAUGAACAGUGCGACGUUGGAGCCUCGGUCGAUGGCCACUGGUCACGUGGUGAUCCAUGGCUCAAGCGGAACAAUGAGUCUUCCAAGAUGAGUGGAGCGAAUCUGGCAGCAUGCCCGAGCCUCCGAGACCCGAGACUAAGGUGCCUCAAUCGGCCCGAGUGGAAGCCACAACAAGAUCCGGCUUGCCGGGCAGUUGAGUAUAUAAAGGCAUAACAUAGUUCAGGUCGAUGAACAUCCCUGCUCGGUCAAUCAUACAAAGACAUACUACAUCAAAGCACUGCUCUAAUAAAAUGUCCGCCACUGAACCACACCUCAACUUCCGCUCCUUCAUCGAGGCCCUCAAGGCCGACAACGACCUCGUGGAGAUCAACGAGCCCGUGAGCGCGUAUCUCGAGGCCGCCGCCAUUACCCGUCUUGUCUGCGAGAACGACGAAAAGGCGCCGCUGUUCAACAAUGUCGUUGGCGCAAAGGAUGGCCUUUGGCGGAUCCUAGGUGCACCUGCGUCUUUGAGGAAGUCGCCCACGGAGAGGUUUGGCCGCCUCGCACGCCACCUGGCGCUUCCUCCCACUGCGAGUAUGAGGGAGAUUCUCGAUAAGAUGUUGGCUGCGGAUGAACUGCCGCCUAUUCCGCCGAGUAUUGUGUCUACUGGGCCGUGCAAGGAGAAUAGCAUCGAAGGGGAUCAGAUUGACCUUACGAGGCUCCCUGUCCCAAUGAUUCAUGCGUCAGAUGGCAUGCACAUCGUCCAAUCCCCGGACGGAAAAUGGACAAACUGGUCGAUCGCCCGCGCCAUGGUCCACGACAAAAACCACCUUACAGGUCUCGUCAUCGAGCCCCAGCACAUCUGGCAGAUCCACCAGAUGUGGAAGAAGGAGGGCCGUGACGUCCCCUGGGCACUAGCAUUCGGCGUCCCCCCUGCGGCGAUAAUGGCAUCCUCCAUGCCCAUCCCUGAUGGGGUCACGGAGGCUGAAUACGUUGGUGCCAUGGUUGGUCAGCCAAUUGAGUUGACAAAGUGUGACACGAAUGACCUCUAUGUUCCUGCAAAUGCAGAGAUUGUGUUUGAGGGGACGCUGUCGAUUACGGAAAAGGGGCCUGAGGGGCCGUUUGGGGAGAUGCAUGGCUAUAUCUUCCCCGGCGAUACACACAUCUGCCCCAAGUACAAGGUCAACAAGAUCACCUACCGGAACAACGCAAUUCUGCCCAUGAGCUCAUGCGGAAAACUCACAGACGAAACCCAUACAAUGAUCGGCUCCCUCGCCGCCGCCGAAAUCCGCAAACUGUGCCAAAAAGCCCACCUGCCCGUCCUCGACGCCUUCGCCCCCUUCAUCUCACAGGUAACCUGGGUCGCCCUGCGCAUUGACACGACGGCCCUACGCGCCCUGAGCGUAGACCCCAAGGCCUUUGCGAAGCAAAUCGGCGACCUCAUCUUCAACCACAAGGCUGGGUACACGAUCCACCGCCUUGUCCUGGUCGGCGAGGAUAUCGACGUUUAUGACGAUAAGGAGGUCAUGUGGGCGUUCUCAACGCGGUGCAAGCCUGGUGUUGAUGAGGUGUUCUUCGAGGAUGUUCGGGCGUUUCCGCUUAUUCCUUAUAAUGCACAUGGGAACUCAUCGCCGGUGCGUGGCGGUAAGGUUGUUUCUGAUGCGUUGUUGCCUGUGGAAUAUACAGAGGGGAGGAGGAAUUGGGAGGCGGCGGAUUUCAAGGAGAGUUAUCCCGAGGAGGUCAAGGAGAGGGUUUUGGGGAGGUGGGAGAGUAUGGGCUUUGCGAAGCUUGAGUAGGCAGUCCAAGGUAGUUACAAUGCCGAUUAUGGGCAGUAUGGCUAAGUGGAAAGGUGUUCUGUUGUACGGUAUACGCCUUUUUACUUUACUAGUCAGGUGAGGCCUUUUGUGAGAAGAUACUUUGGUUGAUUAGUCCAACGAACUAUGCAUGUGGCUCUUAUGAGGGAUGACGCGCAGCACCAAAGACUGUCUAUCAUACGCACAGUAUAAGAAGUAGGGUAUCGAAAUCACAGUCAUGUUAGUUAUGUUAUGUGUAG